CAUUCAUAUGUUCGUAUUCUGAAUUUUUGAAAUUACAUUUCCGUCAUUCGGUGAAGGUGCAACCUCAUGUCCGCUGGGCUGUCAGCCGCAACUGCUUUUGAAUUGGGUUAAAGACUGAAAAUGUAUCAUGUAAUGCUCUGAAGUUACAUUCAACGGUUCUGUAUAUUCAUUUUCUGAUUAAUUUUGUCAAUAGCACCCGUAAUGCCAAAGCUGUCGAAUUCUACACACAGAAUGCCAACAACCAGUAUGCAUACGAUCUUUCAAACGAGGUUACAACACAUUUCUAGACGAGCGGGAAUGCGCGUUACACGGACAGUUUUCAGCAGUUCGCUCCGGGCAGCGGAAGGGCAAACAUCGAGCUCAGCUCUCCUCGUUACAGCGUACGAAAAGUACCGUUUCGGCAAGUGCAAUUACUUUAAAGUACUAAGCUAUUGUGUGACAGUGUGAAGUGUAUUUGAAAGUGUUCAGAACAAAGCAGAUCUUCUUAUAUCCAAUAAUUAGUAGCAGUGCAGCGCAACCCAGCCUUGGCGUAGGGCAGAGUAUCGCCGAAGCCAUGGCGCUCGUACACAACACGAACGCAAUGGACACAUCGCCCAGUUCAGAAUCAUCGAGAGGAACAUUUAGAAGCACAAGAACAGCAAAGGAUUCGUGACCGGUAGCGAACUUCGGCCGACCAUAUCGUGGCUGAUGCCGGCUAUGGGCUGAAAAACCAUCCACGGUAACGGCGUAUCCAAGACUUCACGGCCGUCUCCGCAUGAUGCCCUCCCAGAGCGCCAGCAGACCUUAGACGAUUGCUGGGAUGGGAUGGGAUGUGGUGUGGGGUGCGGGAACGUGCAGGGGACAUGCGACGCAAAGGUUACUGUUGCUCUGGCAUGCUACCUCCCUUGCUUUAGAGUUGCGGUGUCAAAUUGCGGAAAUCGCGGAAGAUACAAGAAGUCACACACUCUGAUAUAUUCGCAUCAUUCCAAACAAACAAUGGCAAUUUCAGUAGCUGAAAAGUAUUUAACUACAAUAGAUUGA